AUGGCGAGCUCGGACACAAGCGAGCCCGAGUGCUCCCUCUGCGAGGAGGUGCUUCCCGACGAGCGGCGGAGGCUGGCCGUGGAGGAGCUCCUGGCCACCGAGGCGAGCUACGUCCACAACCUGCAGCUGUGCAUGUCGGACAUCCGGGCCCACCUCCAGCACAAGCAGCUGCCUGAUCUUGACCUGGAAGGACUCUUCUCGAACACCGAUGACAUCCUCCAUGUCUCCAGACGGUUCCUGGAAGGCCUUAAGGCUGCAGCUGACCAGGAGUCCGAGCAGCUGCUCUUCAUCUGUGCCCUAUUCCAGGAGUUCAAGGAGGAGAUGGAGACUGUCUAUAAGAUCUACUGUGCUAGCUAUGAGCAUGCCCUGAUGCUGGUGGAAAGCUACCGGAAGGAUCCACGGCUGCAGGAAGAGAUUUUGGACACCCUGAACACAACAGUCGCUUCUUUUCCUUCCCAUCUUGUGUGCCCUGCACCCGGGGCAGCCACCAAGUACAACAAGGCCGAGCACCUGUCGCUGCGGGACCGCUUGGCUCGCCUCAACACGCACUCCAUCGCCAAGAAGACCACGCGGCUGAGCCGGCUCUUCAUGCACGAGACCGGCAUCGCGUCCAAGACAGAGGACAAGGAAUAUGAUGACCUAGAAGAGAAGUUCCAGUGUGUGGCAUCCAGCAUAACUGCACUGAAGGAGAACGUGGGGUCCUACCUGAAACAUUUAGAGGCGUUCCAACUGUCCACCCCACACAAGCAUGAGCUGCAGAUCGACGAGGGGGCUGCCCAGCAGUACCGCUGCUUCGCAGAACGCCUCCAUCGCAGUGUCCUCCCUGAGUUUAGGCAGCGGCUGGACAGACUGGUGUGCCAGCCCCUCUCCCAGCCCUUCUGCAGCCUCUCAGACAUGCUGGUGGGGCCACAGCAGCUGGUCAAGAAGCGCCUGGACAAACUACUGGACUACGAGGAGAUCCAAGAGCGCAAGAGCGAGCUGGGCAGCGUGACGUACGAUGAGGAGGCCGCCAUGAACACCUACCUCGCCAUCAACGCUCUGCUCGUGGCCGAACUGCCACGGUUCAACCAGGUGGCCCUGCAGCUGCUGGGACAGAUCCUGUGCUCCUUCACCGUCCUUCAGCGGGACUUGGCCACACAGGUCUUGCAAGAGGCAGAAAAGGAGCUAGAGCAGAUGCCCCACAGCCAUAUGCCGCUGCCAAGCUUCUGGAAGUUGAUGGAAGACACUUUGCAGCAGUCUGGAGCUCAGCUCCAUACCUUCUGCCAGAAGUUUGAAAUGGUCAUGCCAAGCCCUGUGGCACAGCCUCUGACUCCUGCUGAGGAGAGGAAGGUCCAUUCCCUUGUGAGCAGACAUGGCCCGGACAAACUUUACCAAGUGACAAGCAACAUCAGCGGCAGCAAAGAUUUGGACCUGACCUUGCAAAGGGGACAGAUUGUAGCUCUGCUGCAAAGCAUGGACACUAAGGGGAACACGAGCAGAUGGCUGGUGGAUGCUGGAGGUCCCCGAGGGUUUGUCCCUGCUGCAAAGCUCCAGCCCUACUGCCCAGUACCAAAAGAGCAGCCCAGGAUGCAGGUGCCAGCCCUGGAGUGCGGGAUGGAGAGGAGGCGACAUUCCUACGCGUUACCUGAAGCUCCCAGGGCUCCGGUAUCCACGUUCGCCCCAGCUUUCCAGGUGGUCGCAGGUUUCUCCUUCGUGGCCAGGAGUCCCCACGAGGUCAGCGUGCAAGCGGGGCAGCCGGUGCUGGUGCUGGAACCACACGACAAGAAGGGAAGCAAGGAGUGGAGCCUGGUGGAUGUGAACGGCCAGAAGGGCUACGUGCCCUCCAGCUACCUGGUGACCGUCCCCGUUGAGAAGCCCCUGGGCUGGAGCUUACCCGUGUGACCGCUGCCA